UGUGGGCGUAACACACACACACACACACACACACACACACACACACGCCGUGAAACCUCGCGAGAACCGCUCCACUGGCUACUUCCUCAAAAUGUAAACAAAAGUGAUCUGCAGGCAAACAUUCCAGGCCGUUUCCCUGUGUGCAAGCUGUGAUGGGUUCUACUCCUCCUUGGCUGAUGAAAUGGAGACUAAAGGGACCGACGAGGUGGAGAAGCUAAAGUCGAGGUUCAUGUCAGCAUGGCACAGUAUGAAGUACAGUUGGGUUCUGAAAACAAAGACUUCCUUUAGUCGUAAUUCUCCAGUUUUCCUGCUGGGGAAAUGUUAUCACUUUAAGGCAGAGGAUGAAGAAAGCCCUACAGAAAGCUGUACAGUUGAUGAGUUUGAUGACAAUGUUGUCAUGGGCAACGUUGAUGACUUUCGGAGGGACUUUGCUUCCCGUGUGUGGCUUACCUAUCGGGAAGAGUUUGACACUCUCCCAGACUCUGCUGUCACUUCGGACUGUGGAUGGGGCUGUACUCUCAGGGCGGGGCAAAUGAUGCUGGCCCAGGCACUCGUGCUACAUUUCUUGGGUAGAGACUGGACGUGGCCUGAGGCACUCACUUUGGAGGCUCUGGACACAGAGACACGAACAAGCAGUGCAGCACGAAGGCUGGUAGCCUCAAUAGAAGCUUCAUUCCAGGUAGACAGACCAAGAGUCCCGGAGCACCUCUGCCAGGGUGGUGCAGAGGAGGCUGAUUCCCACCUGAAAGAGGUGUACCACCGCACCAUUGUUUCCUGGUUUGGAGACACUCCCUCAGCUCAGCUGGGAGUCCACAGGCUGGUCCAUCUGGGCAUGGCCUCAGGAAAAAGAGCGGGGGAUUGGUACGGUCCUGCAGUGGUUGCACACAUACUCAGAAAAGCUGUGGAGGAGGCGACAGACCCAGGACUGAGAGGCAUAAAUGUUUAUGUGGCACAGGACUGCACAGUGUACAGUGCUGAUGUUAUUGAGAGCCACUCAGCUCGGGCGGACGCAUGUGGGGGCCCUGAGGGGCCUGUCGCUGACAGCAGGGCCGUCAUCAUCCUCAUCCCUGUCAGACUGGGUGGAGAGAAGAUUAACCCUGACUACUUCAACUUUGUCAAGGGCAUUUUAAGUCUGGAGUACUGUAUCGGCAUCAUCGGAGGGAAACCAAAACAGGCCUACUACUUUGUUGGAUUUCAAGAUGACAGCUUGAUUUACAUGGACCCUCAUUACUGUCAGUCUUUUGUGGAUGUCAGCACAAGCGAUUUUCUUCUGCAGUCGUAUCAUUGCCCGUCACCAAAGAAGAUGCCUUUCAUUAAAAUGGACCCCAGCUGCACUAUUGGAUUCUACUCAAAAAGUGUUCAAGAUUACGAAAGAAUCUGCAAUGAACUUUCAAAGGUGCUGCAGCCUUCAUUGAAAGAGAAGUACCCAGCAUUUACCUUUAUGAAAGGACACGGGCGAGAUUAUGAGCUAUCAGUCCCUGCGGAGAAGAAAGAGUGGCCCUUCGUCAGAGACAAACGAAAAACUGGAGCUACUGCAGGGGACUUUGUGCUGCUGUGAGUUAGGGCCAGGAGCUUGGAGCCCUAACCUGUGGCCUGUAUUUACAGAGUAGGAAUGCUGUUUUGGACAUGGUAUUUCUUUCCAUCAACAUGAUUUAAAUGGUUCAGUCAUAUCAGGUGUAAAGAAUUAUAUUACGGGAUGCACUGUGUAUGUUGGGCCUGUACCCUAAGCAAUGUCGGGUUCCGAGUUUAUGUUUUUUCUUGUCUUUUCUGAUCAGUGUCUAAGAGCAAGGAACUAUCACCAUCCAUAAACAGCACUCCAAGACUGUGAACACAAGCCCUGAUUUCAACCUAACACUGUAAAACAGAUGCUUACACUCAACAUACAUUUCCUAUGUGAUCAGAGAGGGAACUUUUUCAGGGUAUUAUAAUGAUGCCAAUGAAUGGUAGUGUGUAACAUAUAUCCAGUACUAACUAUGAAAUUUGAUUUUUUUUUUUUCUGAGCAAUGUAACUAGUGUUAAUAUGAUAGUUGGUACUUAAUAUUCAUUCUUUCUGUCACAGGUCUUAAAAAAUAACAAAUAAUUCAUUUUUUUCUGGAAGGGAUGCAUGACACUCCAGUUUAGCUGUGAAUAGUCAGCUCGUCAUUGUGCAGACUUCCAGACUAUAGCACUGUGUGCUUUAAUUGUAGAGAAGUAGAAAGUAGAAAGAAGAGUGUACUUAUGCAGUCAUAUGCAAAAGUUUAAGCGCCCAGGGCCAGAUGACGUUUUGUUGAUUUUUGUUAAAGUGAAAAUAGGUACACCUCCUCUACAGAGAACACGUCUGUACAUUUCUUGUUUAUUUGCUGAAUUUAACAAUUUGGGGGAAAAGAUAACGUAAAAUAUAGCCUGUACAAAAGUUAUGGCACAUUUAGUCAUUUUAUGCUGCAUCUUUUCCAGUUUGUUUGACUCAGCAAAUAAAUAGAAACUAUGCAGUAAAAUGUGCAGAAAAAUGCCAUAUUUAAGUUCCCUGUAGAGGAUGUCAUAUUCUCACUUAGAAAAUCAACAAAACAUGCAGUUUGACCAGAUGUGGUUCAAACUUUGGCAUACAACUGUAGGCUUGUAAAUUCUACACAGCCUGUAAAAUCAUGCAAUAGUGCCUCCUGGAAACAUGCAGGAUGUAAUGCUAAUAGAAAAGCUUACAAGCUCUGUGUGCUUCCAAAAUGUACUGUAAAGACACACUGAAAACGUAGCACUUUUACACAGACGCACACACAGUGGAAUGGGACGCGAGUAUAUGAUGUACAGUAGUAUAUGCAUGUUGAUUAAUGAUUGUUUUCUGCUUUAAAUGAAGUCCAGUUUGAGUACACUUAAAGAAGAGUUUUCAUUGGAUAUCAGUGCUGCUAAAACCAUGACAGUCUUUACAAGAGCGAAAUUUAUUGUUAUGAUAGUGCUUUCUGCAGGACACAAGUCACAACAGAUCAGUGCCACUGCAGAAAGAUUGAUAAAAGUAAGUGAAGUCUCCCAAGCCAUUUCAUCUUGCCUAUAGGCGUUUUUAAUUAAGCCACAGUCUUCAGUCAAGUUCUCUACUUUUGCUAUACUUUAGUCCUUGAAGGAACUUUUGGCUCAUAACAUUUCAAUAACGUGUUCUGCAUAUAAAGGAAAAUUCUUAAGAUGUGUGUUCUCUUUGUGGAGGGUUUUAUGUAUAGCAAUUUUGGUAAACAGUCGUUUCACCCAUUGGUGUAAACCAAAGUACUUGAUACUACAUACAGCUGUAACACUAGUUCUCGUUCAUGUCACUCAUUUGUUACCUGCUGGUUUGUGUGAGGAGAUAAUAUGUUCUGUCAUUUUUAACGAGGGCUAAAGAUUUUGCGGACUACUAGUAGAUAAAAACACAUGCUUGUUUUGCCAAAAUCAGUUUUCACAGUGGUCAUUAAUGUUUUGUUUUUAAAAUGUUAGGCUCCACAAUUAUGUAAAAUAAAUUAAAGACUUUGAAUAGAUUA